UUUAGAGGAGACUUCAGAUCACACAGAUUUCUGCAGGAAUCCGAGAAACCCAGCCCUGUUUGCUUUGCACCCCCGAAACUUGUUUACCUUGUUUGGGAAAUCACGUAAAGUGGUGACUUUGACUUUUGGCUGACGUCCUGUUUCCCCGCCUCCCCUUUCUAUCUCCUUGCCAAAGAAAUUUUGGUUUCUGUGUGCUUGUCUUGUUCUGGAAUGAAAAGCGUCAACAAGAGAAAGCAACGGGGUGGAAGGGUUCCAAGGAGGAAAUUCUUUGCCCCAAACUUCCUCCCUGCUGUAACCACUCCCUCGUCUGCUGACAGUCCUUUGGAAAUGAGACUGCCGCCCAUCUCCAGCUAGAUUUUAAUGGUCUUUUAAGCAGGCAUGGCCUCCUUGGUGGAUGACCCCGUGGAGAAGCUUCAGGAGGAGGUAUCUUGUUCCAUCUGCCUGGAGUAUCUGAGGGAGCCAGUGACCAUCGACUGUGGCCACAACUUCUGCCAGGCCUGCAUCUCAGACUAUUGCAACCAAGGAGCCGGUUCCACAACUGGGGCAGCUCUCUGUCCGCAGUGCCGGGUGGGGUUUUUGCUAAGCAGCUCCCGCCCCAAUAAGCAGCUGGCCAAUAUCGUGGAGGGCAUUGAGCGGCUGGCUCGGAGGCCCAGCCAAGGGCUUGUUGAGGCCUUGUGCGAGAAGCACGGCAAAAAGUUGAGGCUUUUCUGCCAGGAUGAUGGAGAGUCCAUUUGCUUGGUGUGUGACAAAUCUCGGGAGCACCGUAUGCAUUCGGUCCUGCCCAUCGAGGAGGCCGCUCAUGAUUACAAGGUAAGGAGGGAGCUGGGCUUGGAUUCCAAACAGGAGAGCUAUGAGUGAAAACAGGCUGGGGUUCUUUGCCUAUCCAAAUCCUCCAUGGCUCACUAGGGAAGUUUUGGGCCAGUUAUGCAUGCUCAAUCCAGCCUACCUGAUAGGGUUGCUGUUUUGGAAGGAAGACCUCUUAGGGAAACUUCC